GACAGUUCCCCAGUAGUUUUGUGGAAAUUGUGACCAUUCCCAGCCUAAAAGAAGGAGAGAGGCUGUUUGUCUGUAUCUGUGAAUUCACAUCCCAAGAACCGAACAGUCUUCCCCUCUAUCGAGGUGACCUCGUGAUUCUCGAUGGCGCUCCCACUGCCGGCUGGCUGCAAGGCCGAAGCUGCUGGGGUGCCCGGGGCUUCUUCCCGUCCUCGUGUGUUCGGGAGCUCUGCCUGUCCUCACAAAGCCGGCAGUGGCACUCACAGAGUGCCCUGCUGCAGAUUCCCGACUAUUCAAUGGGACAGGCCCGGGCGCUGAUGGGGCUCUCUGCCCAGCUGGAUGAGGAGCUGGACUUCAGAGAAGGCGAUGUGAUUACCAUUAUUGGAGUUCCUGAGCCAGGCUGGUUUGAAGGGGAACUAGAGGGUCGAAGAGGCAUUUUCCCCGAAGGUUUUGUAGAACUUUUGGGGCCCCUGAGGACUGUGGAUGAGUCGGUGAGGUCUGGAAAUCAUGAUGACUGCAUGGAAAAUGGUGAAGUAGACACCCCUACAGGAGAAGAGGAGAGAGGGCCGGACGAGGAGGACGAGCAGCCAGGGACCUACGGAAUCGCCCUCUACAGGUUCCAAGCCCUGGAGCCGAAUGAGUUGGAUUUUGAGGUGGGCGAUAAGAUCCGAAUUCUGGGGACCCUGGAAGAUGGCUGGCUGGAAGGAUCACUGAAGGGCAGGACAGGCAUCUUUCCUUACCGGUUUGUAAAUUUAUGUCCUAAAACAAAGGUGGAGGAAACUGUGGUCCUGCCACAGGAAAGCAGCCUUAGCAGGGUCCCUGAAACGUCUUUGGAUUGCUCAGAGAACUCCUUCGAACUGGGAGAAAAAGGACAUGAAUCUCAUGAGUAUGAAGAAGAGAAGUCCAACUGUAUUAUUUCUGAAACAGCUGCUUCUCCCCCAGAUCAUCUGACCUCUGAAUAUGAAGUAAACACAAUCUCUCAUUGGGAUGAGGGCACCUCCAGGGGGCCGCCGAGAAGCCCAGGCACAGGGCAUGGACAGCCUCUUGCCAAAGACUCUGCCACAAAGGAUUCCUCAGAGGUCGUCAAUGGUGUUUCCUCCCAACCUCAUGUACCUUUCCACCCCCAACUGCAGAAAAACCAGUAUUAUUCUAGAGCAGGAGGGAGCCAGCCGAGCUCAGGGCAGUUCUCCGACCCCUUUCCUCUAGAAGCAAGGACUAGAGACUAUUCCAGCCUCCCUUCCAGGAAAACAUCCUCCCAGCUGAAAACCCUUACGCAGCGAGCGUCUCCUUUUCCUGAAGGCUCUUCUCUUUCAGCCUCUAGGGUGGUCCGGCCUAGCCACUUGAGCCCUCAACUCCAGGGCAAGGCAAGGUGUUCCAAAAAGUACCACACACUCAAAGAAAAAAAUGCUGCCCACUUUUGUUCAGAGAUGAAGCCUGGUCUGCAAGACAUGGCGCCCGCUGUGGAAGCAUUGGCCCUUCCACAGGGAGACGGCAACGUUGACCUGGAUUCGAAGUUGACACAACAGCUGAUAGAGUUUGAGAAGAGCUUGUCAGGCACUGAACCGGAUAAAAUUUUGCGCCACUUUUCAAUCAUGGACUUUAGCUCCGAGAAGGAUAUUGUCCGAGGUUCCUCGAAGCUAAUCACCCAGCAGGAGCUGCCUGGGAGGAGAAAGGCCCUAAGGCCACCGCCACCCCGUCCAGCACCCACUUCUCCUCAUUUGCUGGUGGACCAGAACCUGAAACCCGAGCCACCCUUGGCAGUGCGGCCCUCUCGCCCAGCUCCCCUGCCUCCCUCAGUGCAGCAGAAAACGAAUGCGGUACCCCCCAAACUCCUAACCUGUAACCGUCCUACCUGUGAGACCCUAGAGAAGGAGGCCCCUGAGAAUAUCGAAAAGCCUUUGGACCAAACUUCCCAGUGUCCAUUAGUAUUGGUGAGAAUUCAGGAAAUGGAACAGGACUUGGAUAUGUAUAGCAGGGCUCACGAAGAGCUAAACUUAAUGCUGGAGAAGCAACAGGAAUCCCUAAGGGCAGAGACCCUGGAGAAUCUAGCAUUCUACGAGAGCAACAUUGAAAAUUUGAAUAUGGAACUCCAGCAACUUAGAGGUAAUGCCAAGAGGAAGGAUGACCAGAGACUCUUGGGGUAA